AAAUAAAAAAAAUAAAAAUAAAAAGUAAUUCAGGUGCAAGGCUGGGAGAAAAAACUUUGUUAAACCCUAGCCCCCAUCUUUCUAUUCAAAGCAACUGAAGACAGAUUUCUGUGAGGGUUUUUCGCUCAAAUAAUAAAUCCCCCCUAUCUUUUUCCUCCCCUCACCCUCUCGCUCGCUACACAUUGUUGACGUGGUUUUUCAAGAUGUCAUCUUUAAGGAAUGCUGUUAAUAGACGGGCGCACAAGGAACGAUCUCAACCUAAUGAAAGGAAAAGAUUCGGGCUUCUUGAGAAACACAAGGACUAUGUUGUUCGUGCAAAAGCCUUUCAUAAAAGGGAGGAGUACUUGCAGAAACUCAAAGAAAAAGCAGCAAACAGGAAUCCAGAUGAAUUCUACUUUAAGAUGAUCAACUCCAAAACUGUCGAUGGAAUACAUAAAGAAGCGAGUGAAGCAAACAAGUAUACUGCAGAAGAACUCUUGUUGAUGAAGUCACAAGAUAUGGGUUAUAUCUUGCAGAAGAUUCUAUCAGAGAAAAAGAAAAUCGAGAGGCUAACAGCAACACUGCACUCAAUUGAUUCUCAGCCGUCAAACAAACACGUAUACUAUGCUGAAGACAGGGAAGAGGCUAAGAGUAUACUAUCGGAAACGAAGACUGUUAAAUUACCAGCUUUUGAGGAUCUGCCUAAACAAAUUAAAAGGAGAACAGCUGCUUCUUAUAGAGAGCUGGAGGCCCGAAAAGGAAGAGUUCAAGACCUGGAGAAAGUUUAUAAUGAAAUGGCAUUGAAACAGGAAUUACAGAAAAAGGGUAAAAAGCGCAAGCUACGUGAAGAUGAGAUUGUCUGCCCAACAUCUAGACCUGUAUACAAGUGGAGAACUGAACGUAAACGAUAAACAUGGUAUGUUACGCUUUUGUUUUACCCAUUUCUAAUUUGUCUGUUUUAGUAAGUGCAAUCCGUGGCUUUCUUGUCAACGUACCAUGGUAGCUCACAUUUUUGGUGAUGGGAAGUACAAACAGAAUAUAUAAGAAUGUAAUGUACUUAUGUUUGUUUUUUAAUUAUUGAUUUAACGUCUA